AACUCCUGGGUUCAGUCGUACAUCACGCAUACUUAUGGAGAACACUUGUCACCAUCACCGGCAUAAACCAUCACCACCACUCUAAGAUGAUGUGAAGUGGCAGAACUGUGGAAGAACCAUCUCCAGUCUAGUUCUCAUCUUGUGACCUUCAUAACCAGAAUAUCAUGAUUUUCUUUCAAGUGCGGGGAUAACAGUCAAAAUUGGGUCCCUACAAAAGAACGGGUGGCAGUCACAGCAGUCCACCCGUUUGACUUCGGAUGGAGCUGUGGCUGCAGUGACUCCUUUGUCGGCCUCGCGAGCCUCGCCUCGAGGCUUGUGUCGCCAAUGCCGAAGCAUCAAUUGUUAUUCCAUUAUCUUGGGCACAAUUAGCAUGUCCUGUCUGAUGGGGGCGUUAGUGACUGACCUUUGGGUUCACACUACGGAGCCAGUCACUGUGCCCGUGGGCUAUGCCGCAUUGUCCAAUCGAGGACCGCAAACCAGUGUCUCGAAUCUCGCAAUGGGCCAUAUGAGACGGGAUUUCGCGGUUGAUUUUCGCAUUGGGUUGUGGAAAGUGUGCCCCCAUUUGCUAAACGGCUCAAGCUUAGCAGGCGAGGAAUACCCUUCGAUAUCUUGCACCCACAUCCGAUAUUUGGACUGGUCUUGGUCUGACAUAAAUUACCGCACUUUAGGCUUGUGGUCUACGGUUGACUGUACGACCAAUUUCGUUUCCCGCAUGAGACUCUCGACGCUCUUCACCAUUCUUAGUGUGGCCAUUCUGGGAUCAGCCAGUUUACUCACAUUUCUGAGCCACUGCGUUCGAGGAACGAAAAUGCUUCUGGCUUCUGGUCUGUAUGCUUUGGGAGGUUUGGUUCUCGGCUGUGCUCUGAUUAUCUUUGUGUGUGUUCUCUCAGAGGAGUUCUCCUCUCAGCCGCAGCCACAGGGGAUGUCAAAUUUUCAUCCCAAUCGAGCUCCUCAAACACCGAUUUUGUCGCCUCAUUAUUACUACGGAUGGUCGUUUAUCUUGGCCGUUUUAGCCUUCUUGGGAUCAGAGAUUUCUGCCGUUUUGUGCUUCUCAGCGUUUCUCAAUCGCUUUGAUUCAGAGGAGGAAUUUGUUAAGUCUCUCCCGGGGAUGGAGCGGAAAAUCAACGAGCAUUUGCAUGGACUGAACAAUGGGUCAGUUGCUCCAUGUGACCAAGGUCACAAUGCUCCUUUGCUCAAAGGAUCGUUUGGGCACCACGUGUCCUGUUCCAAUCAUGGCGGUCCAAUUCAACAUGAAUCACCCUACGACCUCGAAAUCCACGAUGACAACAACCACCACCACCAUCAUCACCACCAUCACCAUCAGUUAGGCCAACAACAAUUCUUACAGCAACGACAGCAACAUCAGGAUCAACAAAAUCAUUCUUACCCGAUGGUGAGCUCCCCUAGCGUGAGCAGUGUCAUUGGUCUAACUCGGACCAGCCACAGCCACCCUAGUACCAUACCCGUCACGGCUGAAAUAACCUCACGUGGAGCCAUGAGUCCGUCGAUUCAACAGACCUUUCAAAAUGCGCUGCCCUUUAUGAACGGGGGCAUGAACGGGGGUCGAUCGCCACCUUUGUCUAGCCCGCAACGACCCCGCUCCCAUUUCAGUCACUCUUCUUCCUCCACACUGCCCGCUCAGAGCACAUUUUCGAACGGAAGACCCAGGAGCGCUCAUUUCAUGACCACCGACAACGGUUUGGCGAACGGAAUAAAUGGAACAAAUGGGGGGCCAGAGGACCUGGCUACUACUCCAAUUAUCCCUCCGCCUCCAAUGAGCGAGUAUGGGUUCACCCCUGAUCUGAGCCCACUUUCAAAUCCGACCUCUCCGCAAUCGCUCGGCCAAAUGACGCAAAUCAGUCGAAGCAUGCUCGUUGUCAAACACAAUGGGGACAUCACCUCCGUCAAUGGAAAUGCAAUCAUGGGAACCCUAAUAGGAAGGAACGGUGGCAGAGGAACAGGAGAAGGAGGAGGAGGAGGAGGAGGGGGAGGAGGGGAGAGGGAAGGUGUUCCAUCCUCGCCCUCCAGACUGGCUUUGGCCACAGCCACAAUGCCUCGCAAUUUCAACGCAUUAGCCACGAAUAAUGUCAAAAGGAAGAAGAGCGUAACUAUUGGCACGUUUACCACUGUGGAAGCCUUUGACAGCCACCACCACCAUCACUUGCCCUCCACGAGUGUGGUAUGACAACAAGCCAAUGGUGACCAAGCUCAAGUGGCCGCCAUUCCAUCCCGACCCAAUUCUGUUUACUCCAACCAUAAUAACCAUACGGAUGUUGACAGUAAUGGAUCUAGUCAGGGUUCCGUUUACCCAUCUGCCUUGCCACCACGUGGUCCUCUUUUCAACCCAUCCCAACCGGAACUGGAUCACCCCAAAUGGCGACCGGAAGGAAGAGGGACCGAAAUGGAUGAUUUGGAAGCAGAGACACCAUUGUAAAGUGUGAUAGAAAUAACGAGGCACCGUUGGGCACCCCCACAGAAGUGAGACUCUCAAGUUUGAGGUUGUGACACAAAGGUUUUGGACAAUCUUUGAUUGUUGUAUUGUUAGAUUACCAAGAAUGGGUUUUGCUAUUACUCAUCAAAGAUAUUCCAUAUUCCACAUAUCAAGUGCUGAAGUUCAAGGAGAUAGUCUUAAGACUUAAGUUCAAAUAGCUAAAUCUUAGCUGUUUUAUAUCCAAUGUGAAAACUCUCUUCCGCUUCAUUUCGGCAAUAGUCUUGAAGUCUCUGCGAAAUAUUUUGUUUUUCUACUUGAAAAGAAAUUUGGAUUUGGAAGCUUCAUCACACCAACAAGUGGACAAAAAUUUAUUCUAUAUUUGCAAGCAAGUAAAUUAACUUGAGCACAUUGUAAGAUGAAACCAUGCAAGAAAUUAUCUUGCCCUUGGCUUGAAUGCUUCAGUUUGAAAGAGCUAAGUGAAAAAAUGUCCUCGAUAUUUAGAUCUAACCAAACCAUUCAAAAAUUUUGUCAAUUGUAUUCACGUGAUGAGUUGGAAUUCAUUCAGUUAGAACAAUCUAAUCAGUAUGUGUCAUAAAUUGAGGAAGUUGGGAAGACAAACUGUGCAAAAAGUGACCCACAUAGAAGAUAAUGCUGAGCGGAGAAACAUGAAUAUGAUCAUGAUAAAGCUUUUUAGUUUCAUUUUUUUCGUAAGCAUUUAGCGAAAAUAUGAAGAAAACAUGAUAACUUGCAUCACUCGAUCGCCAUUACUUUGUUAUCAAUGUAAUCUGUUGAAUUAUUGCUUUGACUUCAAUUUUUGAUACGAUUUUGUCUUCUAAACAUUAAUUUUCUGUCCAUGUUACGCGUACACUACCUACCGACUAUUUAUGACACCAUAAAGUAUGCUUUGAUGUCUUAUUCUCGCUAAUAACAACAGAAAAGGCUAUAUAUUCAAAUAUAGAUGUGAUGCAUGACUGACAAGAGUUCCCAUUUUCUAAUCUUAAAGCUUAUGAGGCAUUAUCGAUUAUAUUUCAUUUUCAUACUUUUCAUAUCUGCGUAGACUUGAUUUGUACAGUCUCGUAGUUUCUCGAUUCAAGUAUCUUUUGAUUCUCCUCGUCCAAUUCUUCGAGACAGUCAUGGGAAUCUGGAUACUUAAGAUUCUCGACAAUCUGCCCAAAGAUCACCAUGUCUGUGUUCUUGGCCAGCAAAUAAAGCAUCAUCCAAUCCCCAAA